CUGUAGACAAUAAUAUGAAGUUAAUCUACAGUCUGUAAAUAAUAAGCACGGCGACACUGACGUGGAUUUAAAAGCCAGCAUUAAGAAAAAUAAAAGAAGAAAAUCAAAAAAGUAGCUGACGUCGGAGGGUAUGUCAGUAUGUGUUUGUAGCCUAUACAUCUAGUCAAUCAUAGCCAGGUGGGCCUUUUUCGUCUCUGACGUCGGAGGACGUCAGACGCUGUUUAAGCGCUCAGGGUGGCACCCAAUCUCCGGGAUGAUCGUAAAGGCCCAAGCGCAAAUUGUCCUGCUUGCUCCCCACUCCUGCACCGCGUCUGACGAAUAGACAGCUCUGACAGCCUCAUCCAUGGCGGGUCCCGCGUACAUCGCUACGCACGGUACAUGGUUGGUAUAUCGCGCUAGAGAGGAGCCAUCUUCUACAUGCAUGCCAGCUGAGAAGCCGCAUAAACGGAGAGCAUUCGGUCUGGGCAAAGUGCGGCAACCAGCAGCUCCGCACAACAAUAACACGCCUUUCAUGAUUUCGGGACAUAUCAAACACAUCUGCAGCAACUGCAGCCGCGGAAACGAUCUGCGAGACGUGGAGGGGGCAGAGCGACUGGCUGCAAUGCGCUCUGAUUCGCUGGUGCCGGGCACCCACACUCCACCCAUUCGGAGGCGGAGUAAGCUAGCGAGCCUAGGGAGGCUCUUCAAGCCAUGGAAAUGGAGGAAAAAAAAGAGUGACAAGUUUAAACAGACAUCUGCAGUCCUGGAGAGGAAGAUGUCCACACGGCAGAGCAGAGAGGAGCUAAUAAAGAGAGGAGUUUUGAAGGAGGUUAAUGAGAAGGAGGAGGUAGCAGUAGAAACCGGCCAUAUGUGUGUGUCUGAGCUGGACAGACUGAUGGUCAUUAGUACUGUAUCUGAGACCCAAGAGAACAAUGCAACUGGAACAGCUCCAGAACCUCAGUUGUCAGGGGAAACGGAGGUGUGCCUAACUGGCUACACCCCCAAGCCCGCUCCAGCCACGCCUCCAGUGAAACCUGUACCUUUGCCAAGUGAUGGUGUGGAUGUGCCACACACGAAACCAGCAGUGCUGAAGCAGCCUCCUGCCUUACCUCCCAAACCCUACAGCAGAAUACCUAACCAUUUAACAGACACAAUAGGAAAACUCUCUCCGCCUCUCCCUCCAAAAAAAGUGAUGAUCUGUGAGCCGGGGCCCUCCCUGCAGCUCAAGUGCUCACAGCCCAUGAGCACACAUGGGCACCCGCACUCUCUUGCACACCCGCUUGCACAUUCCCUUGCACACCCACACCCUCUGCAGUACGCCACGCUCCCCCUUUCCCUCCACCCCCCCAGCCGCAUCAUUGAGGAGCUCAACAAAACUCUCGCGCUCACCAUGCAAAGACUGGAGAGUUCGGUGCUGCAGGUUGUGCCCUCUGUGCUGAUCGAGAGUGAGGACGAGAAAGAGAACCGGGACAUGCCGAACCAAGCUUCGCCCACCGUGCAUGCUCUCACCACACAGCCGCCCAGCCUCCUCACACCCAGUGCACACAUGUACAGCUUGCACACACGCAAUGAAGAUGAUGAGGAGGAAGAAGAUGAUGACGACUCUUUGUUUACAAGCACCUUGGCUAUGAGGAUCCUGAGGAAAGAUUCACUGGCAAUAAAACUGAGCAACCGGCCAUCCAAAAGAGAGCUGGAGGAUAAGAAUAUCUUGCCCAUGAUGACUGACCAGGAGAGACUGGAGUCCAGGCAGCAGAUUGGCACAAAACUAACACGGAGACUAAGUCAGAGACCAACAGUAGAGGAGCUGGAGCAGCGGAAUAUUCUGAAACCUCGUAACGAGCAGGAAGAGCUUGAAGAGAAGCGCGAGCUAAAGAAGCGAUUGUCCCGAAAGCUGAGCCAGAGGCCUACAGUGGAAGAGUUAAGGGAAGCCAAGAUCCUCAUUCGGUUCAGUGACUAUGUGGAGGUGGCUGAAGCUCAGGACUAUGACCGGCGGGCUGACAAACCCUGGACACGCCUCACGGCUGCAGACAAGGCUGCCAUCAGGAAAGAGCUCAAUGAGUUCAAAAGCACAGAGAUGGAGGUGCACGAGUCGAGUCGACAUCUAACCAGGUUUCACCGACCAUAGUGCUGACUGCUGAGCAGCAGCACAGGGCAUUACCAAUGACAGCCCCCUCAGGGCUGCACCGAGUCUCUGGUCUGGGAAUGUGCUGGAAUAAGUCCAUGCAGAGAUUCCACAGUGCAGCUAAACCAAGAUACUAUGCUGCCGCUCUGAUCAGCAAUGGGUGGAACAAACAGACCUGCUCCUAAAAGCCAGGAGCACUACAGCCUAAGACAACCUGCCUGGAGUCUCCCCUCCCUGCCUUUAGUGACCAGUUCAGACUCUCCUGAAGUGUGUGCGUGCGUUUGUCUGAAAGUGGAAAUUAGGUAUUCUUUAGUGCUCUGGCAGUACAGUAUAAAAUGAGCUAUUUUAUUCUGUGGCAAUGGUUGACAAUACAAAUAAUGUGAGUAUAAAUCUGUGCACGUGGCACCAUGCUGGGAAUUAUCUCUCCCCUCCCCCCAUGUCCUACAACAACAUGGAAACAUAAAGGAAUUUUGAUAUAAUUUGACACUACUUUCAACAGUUUUUCAUCUUAGAUUAUGAUGUCUUUUAUUUAUGAGGUCUAUGUCUGUUCGUAGUCACAAUACUGUACAUCUGUGAUGUCCCCAAACAAAAAUCUGAGGGCAACAAAUGCUUUCAUCCACCUGCUGACAAUGAGAGAGGAAGCCCUUUCUUUGAAUACUGCGCUGAGUGACAGGACCUAGGAAUAAUUUAUCCUGAAUAGUACUGAAAAUCUGGUAUCUUCACAUCCAUGUAUUCAUUUUAAUUGUGGGUCUCAACUGUCGAGCUGUGUCCAAGGGACAUUUCAAUGCCUCAUGCCUGAGAAGCUCUCUAGUAGUGCAUGCUUCAGAUGAAUGUCCUCUGCUCUUAGGAAGCAGGGCACUCCAAUGACGUGCACUUCAGAGGGCGUGAGGUAGCAUUUGGAACACAUCUGCCAUCUGUCUCUGCUCUGUUUACAGGCAGCAGUGUUGCCAAAUCCAGGCCAAAAUAGUGGCCUUCGAAGUUUGUGACAAGUCAAAAAUAAUAUUAAUAAUAACAGUAAUAACAUUGGGGGGGUUUUUUGUAUUUCCAUUCUGAACACAAAACUUGACAAGUUAUACAGUUUGUGACAAUAUUUAAAUCCUUUAAACAUUUCACUUGACUAUGAUAGGGAACACACUAAAUUAGCACGGCACUGGCAAGCUUGAGUAUAUUCAGAGGGAUCCACGUAAGAGGGGGUUUAACUGGUGUUUUGAAUGGCGUGUUUUGUUUACAGUCUUGCUGUAAUGCUCCUCUCCUCUGCUGCUAUUGGCUGAGAGAAUCCAUGAAAGGAGGCGGUGCAUGUCUUGUUCUAAACUUACUGUUGCUCUCUGGAUGAUGUAUGCAGUUUCUGAUGUAAAGAAAACUUAUUAAAAAAGAGACCCAUUUAAAGUAA